AUGGCUGUCGAUACCACUGCGUCCGCUGCCUCGUUGCGCUUCCUCCUCCUUGGAGACGUCGGCGUUGGCAAGUCCUCUUUCGUCAACACCUUUGCCUCCAGCCUCGAAAACAUUCACACCAACAGCCCCAUCCAUGAGGCCAUCCCUACACCUUACUCUCCUUCGUCCUCUUCUUCUAACCCCUCGGUUGCCAUCCAUCUCCCCGGUGUCCGCCUCUCCACCAACCCCGUCUUCCACCAGGACGGCGCCGCUUCGCCUUUUGAUGACCACCUCGGUCUCUUGCCACCAAAAGUCGUCGUCCCCGCCAGAGACAUCGACUUUAUCACCCUCCCCGGCUACUCGGCCACCAUUAACCCCUCCACUACUCUCUCCCUUACCGACGACUACCUCAACCAUCACCUCCACACCACCACCUCCAUCUUCUCCCCUGCCAUCCCUUCCUCCCAGCUGGCCUGGUUCUUAAUCGCAGGCUCCCAUGCACACUCGCUCCCGACCUGUGCUUUCUACUUUGUCCUCUUUGAGCUCAAGCCCAUCGACAUCAUCUACAUGAAGAUGAUUCACGAGCGUGUCAGCCUCAUCCCCAUCAUCGCCAAGGCCGAUACCCUCUCCAAGAACGAGCUUUGGGUGCUGAAGAAGAGGAUGCUACGUCAGCUCAAGCUCAACCAGAUUAAAAUCCAUACCUUCGGCAUGGAUAUUGAAACGGUGGAGCAAAUGACCAUUGACCGCCACUGGGGCGCACCUCCCUUUGUUGUCAGCACCCGCGAGGAUGCCAAUGGCCAGCUGCCCGAGAGUGAGAUGAAGCGACUUGUCGAGCUCUGCCUGUACGAGCGAGUCCGCGAUUUGCAGGAGGAUUCGGCCCACAAGGUCAUUGCCUGGAGAAAAGAGUAUGGCCCUUGGGCAGAUGCAAAAAAGACAAGCGUCGAAAUGGCUUGGAGUCAGAACUCUGGACAGCAGGCGGGCGGACAACAGGCAGUUGUGCAAAAGGCGCCUGGACAGGAGGUUCAGGAAGGCGGAGUCAUUGUGACCAAUGGAACUAUGCACACCACCAUCACUGCUACAACGACUGCCACAACAACCACAACAGUCUCCACCACAGCCUCAAACGCCAGCAACAACCCGUACUUUGCCCACCUUGACACGCAGGCCCAGGAAGCCUUCCAGUACACCACUCCUCCUGGUCAGCAGUCUUCAUACCCAACAACUCCGGCCUCACCCUUUGGAACACAGGUAUCGUCGACCACUGGAGUGCCUUUCACGCCUCCUCCUCCUUCUGCGGGGGCUAACACUGCCACUCCUACUUAUGCACCACCACCAAGCUUUACUAAUGGAGCUCAUGCGGGCUACAGCGCUCCUCCUUCGUUGGGCUACAGCAAUCCACCGACCACUCCAGGAUAUUCCACCCCUGGAGUGCCUGUGCAUCCCACCAAUGGCCUGAUUUCGCCUCCUCCUUCGGCAUCUCAAGUCACUCCAACGCCUGUCACAAUUCCUUCGACAUACUCACCUCCACCAAGGACUUCUUCCGCUGGCUCUCCGACCACCGCCACAGCGGCCAAUGCUCGCAUGACGAUUAUCCAAGCCUCUACAGGGAUGUCAAUCGACGGCUCUACUCGGCCCAGUGAACUGAUGGGUGAUACUGGCGUCAACACUGUUCAUGCGCAUACGGGUAACGGCCAGGAAGCAUCUCAGGAAAAUGCAGGGGCUUUCAUGUCGGCCGAUGCUGCGUCCGUCAGCACUCUCUCCAGGGCAAAGACUCUUCUUAACGGCCGGGAAGUGAAGGUUGAGAUUCCAAACUCGGGCAUGUCUUACCAGCCUUCAGCUUCGGAGACUGAUCUGAAUAGCACUCAGCCUCAGACAGCGCAUUUGCAGGCGCAACCAUCGUUCCUUAUUCCAGGAGCUUACGGUCAGGGGGCUUUCUUGAUCCCUCCAGCGGAUCUCUACCAAGCAGCCAUGAUGUCAACUAUGCCAGGAGCAGCCGGCACGAACGAGUAUGGCGAGGCAAUUCCGGAUAUUUGGGAUGCGGCAGAGUUGGGCGAUUUGGCGGCAGUGCAGAUGCACCUCAACAACGGUGUCUCUCCUGACCAGCGCAACAACUCUCGUUCGACAUUGUUGCACAGGACUGCCUGGCAGGGUGUGAACCCAUAUGCGGUGAUGGGUCUGUUGAUCUCGUAUGGUGCCAAUGUCAACCUGACCAACGAGAACGGAAACACGGUCUUACAGAACGUGUUAAUGAAGCACGACGACCCUUCGUUGAUCAAGUUGCUUCUUGACAAUGGUGCCGAGGCCAUGAUCCCUAACAAGGAGGGAAUGAACACCUUGGAGGUAGCGGCUCUGUUCAACAAGCUCGAAUCGGCCCGGUACCUGUUGGAGAAUGAUUUGCAGUCGUCAGAGCCUCAGAGCAUCGUCAACGCGUUGCAGCGAGCACGUAGUCCCGACAAGAAGUUGAUGAAGGCCCUGUUGAAGAGCUGGCAAGGCAGGGAAGGCGAGCGGAAGAGAUUCGAGCUGAUAGAGCGUCUUCGUGGCCGUGGCAGCUCGUCUGCCGUCGCUAAUGAUGCCGCCAGUAUCCGCAGUUUUGAGACUACAAAAGGAGGCGAGGGAAAGUAA